UUGUAUUUUAAUUUUGUUCAUUAUUAGGAUUUUUGUUCUCUUAUUAUUCUUUUAUUGAAAUAUUCUUUAAAUCAUGUUUAUCUAGAUACCUGUUUGACGUUUUGAUUAAAAAAACAUUACACGUAUUUUUUAUGCUAGGUGCUAAUAAUAAACAUUAUUAAAAAUAUAUCAUUGAAUGCUCAAAAUACCAGACGUUGAUAAAAAUAUAGUGCCUAAUUUACCCUUAGUUGGCAUCUUUAUUAAUUAAUUCGUUAGAGAAGUCUUGUAGUUCACUUUAUUAUUAAAUAAACUGCAUUGCGACUCCGAUUCGUAUUAAUGCAGCUAAGAUGUACGCCUAUGCCAUGACCGACACUUUCGUCUGUCGACCUCGCGUACGAAAUGAUCGUAAAUUAACGUUAUUAAAACAAGUUUACAGGCGAUCUCGGACGUGUAAUUACGCAAAACGUUACGCCGCUGGGCGUGACAUCACAAAUCAGUCCGGUCGGCUUGAAGACAGCACGCCGGUUGUCUAUCCUUUUCUGUCUGAUGAAUUUAGAGCGAGAGCCGUAAACAGGCAGGCUGGCGCUGAUCGUAUUCUGUCGAGGGUGUCGCCAUUUUCGUUUUGACGAAUAUUGACAGCACGGCAGACAGACAGCAGCGCGGCGGUCGACAGAGCGUCUGCCAGACUAUUUUUAUUUUGAUUGUGAAUCAUUUUACGACCACACAUUACUCGCUCAGUGCGUCGGUUGAUCAUCAAAUACGUAUUUACUAAACAUUUACUUGUGACGUAUGAUAGAUAAGUGUCCCAGAAAUCCUGAAUUUUGGUGCUAACCUCAUCCUUUUUUUAUUAGUGUUUUUGAGAGACUGCAAGACUGUGAUCGAUAUGUGCAAGAUGUAUUACAGAUGACUCUGCGCUAGCUUUUGCCUUCUUGGUUCUUCAUUCUGAUGCGGCGCAAGUGGUGAGAGGCGGGAUGCAGGGCGGAGGCGCGCCCGCUGCCGACGCCGACCAGGCGCAAUUCGAGGCCGACAAGCGAGCUGUAUACAAACACCCCCUAUUCCCCCUGCUGGCCCUCCUACUGGAGAGAUGCGAGCAGGCGACAGCGGGCGCCGAGCCCCCUGCAGCGGACGCGUUUGGUGCCGACCUACAAGCUUUCGUACAGCACCAACGGAGAGACCGGAGACCCUUCCUGGUUGACGAUCCGGAGAUUGAUGGGCUUAUGAUUAAGAGCAUACAGGUUCUUAGGAUUCACCUGCUAGAGCUGGAGAAGGUGCAGGAGCUGUGCCGGGACUUCUGCGGGCGGUACAUCGCCUGCUUGAAGACCAAGAUGCAGAGUGAGAAUCUGCUGCGAACCGACUACUCUAGCGGUGGUGUCGAGAGUAACAACAAUUUAUCUGGAUCAUUAGACGACCACUCCAGCACAUCCAAUUCACCUCAGUACCAGCAGUCGACGCCGGCGACGGCGUUCCCCGCGGUGUUCCCGCAGCACCCCGAGCUACCCUUCCCGCCGCACCCGAGGGACCCGCCGUCGCUGGUGGUGCAAGGUUCGACUCCGAUAAGUCAAAUUGGUGCUGGAUUGUUGCCGACUGAUUCUUUUACUGGCACGAAUUCCAACAACUCCUGCUCCUCCGUAUCAGGCUCGCCGCCACCCGACGAUGACUCCGAGGAUGCGGCCGGCAAGCGCGGCGUGUUACCGCGACACGCUACGCAAGCUAUGCGCGCCUGGUUGUUCCAACAUUUAGUCCAUCCUUACCCUACUGAAGAAGAGAAACGCACCCUAGCGGCGCAGACGCGACUCACGCUGCUGCAAGUCAAUAACUGGUUCAUCAACGCCAGGCGACGUAUUCUACAGCCGAUGCUGGACUGCGCGGACAAACCGGGCGGCAAGAAAAGUAAAAACGGUUCCAGCAUAAGCAAGCGGUACUGGCCAGACGCUCUCUCUAACCCGCAGUUCACCGCAGGUCUCCUAUCGUCUUCCGAGGACGAGGAUCAAGAAGCUGAGCAGUCGGACAACGAACCCGAGACCCGGUCGGAUGAGAGCCGGGAGCCUACCAACUUCCCGUCCAUACAACAACCCAUGCACUAGUGAGCCAUAAUGUAAGUUUAGCACAUGGAAUUAAACCACAUCUCAGAGAUUUACUAACGCCAAGAAAAAAAAUGCUUAAAAAAUAAGUGUUUUUUUAUAUAUUUUUUUAAAGCAUGUAUCUGCUUGAUGUUUAAAUCUAAAGAAAAUAUAACUAGAAAAAA